AAUAAAAAUCAAACAAAACUUGAAUUUAUGGGUUUUUUAGCGGUUGUGGCAGCAGUAGUUGAUUAUACGCACGUGAUGUCGCUGUUCGAAAAUGAUCGACAUUUCUCGCAUUUGGCCGAUUUUGAGCGCGAAAUGGCAUAUCGCACCGAAAUGGUUAGCGCAUUUAUGGGCUAA